CUUGAAAUUAAAUCGCCACUAAAAUAGCGAGCAACAGAAUCUGUCCCAUUCUCUGUUUUAAAAUCGACCUGUUUUAAAUGGCCAGCGCAUCAGUUAUUCCAUCCGUGAAAACAACCAAAUAAUCGUGAUCGAUCAGCUGACUGUUGCCAUACCUGUGCUGAGGGAACUUUUGAUUGGUUGUGAAAAUGGUAGGAAUCAAAUUGCUAGUAAGUGCUACCUAACGCUGGACGUUUUAGCCAGUGGAGUAACUGUCACGAAGAAUUUCUCAACCUGUAGUAUUUCAGUUGAAUUAUAAAGACAAAUGUAAUGGAAAUAAAGGAGUACCGGUGACAAGAGAAGCGGCGAACACCUCGAAUUUUGACAAGCAAGCAUCUACUCCAUUUCCACCGGGAUAAGGUAAGUGGCUGGCUAACGGGGAGACUGAGUAACGGACGGGGAGAAAAGGAAGAGAGCAGACGAGCGUGAGAGAGAGAGAGAGAAGUGGAGGAUGUGUGCAGUCGCUCCAUCUCUCCGUCGCUGCCGGAGGAGGUCCGCCGAGAGUGUCCAGCUUCGACUUCCCAGAGCCAGAAUGUGAGACGGGCUGGUGGGCAGAUCCGUCACAGCUGUCGCUAGGCAACGGGAAACCUUCCAAAACCACAGACUUCUGUCCAACACCUUCCAUCCUUCCCUUCAACAGCGGAGUCAACAAGAGUCAAAAAACAUAAAACAGACACGGAAAAAAACGUUUACAUGGUGACAAUCAAAAAGGCCAACAGCAAAAAAAAAAACUCAAUGUCAUAACCAUGGAUCCUCGGAGGGCUUUGUUGCAGUAAACAUACUCUGUUUUUCCCACCACUCAAACAGAGCUGGGGAGACACUGACGACAAACAUUUCCCCUUUGGAGCAUUUCUCCACCUGCAGCAACGGCGUGCAGUAGCAAUCUGCAGCUAUGAAGUAAACAGCCUGGAUCACUGAGAAGAUACCGUAUCCCUGUCUCCUGCAGCCUAUUUCUGUACCCAACAACCCCCUCCACACACACGCGCACACACACACACGCACACACAGUUCUCAUUCACACUGGACUUUGAGAAUAAGAACACCUUAGGAGAGCUCCUGUUUCUAGUAAUUGGCGGCUGUAGUAAAUUCGGUAGGAAAACGCUGACCCUGACUGCGGCCAAUGAAAUGACAGCGAGCGGCAUGCCCCUCCUCCUGGUUCGGCUGCCCCUCCUCCUGGGCGUGGCCGGCGCCCUGGUGAUCCACUCGGUGCCCUGGCGGGUGCCCUGCCCGCUCCAGUGCACCUGCCAGAUCCGGCCCUGGUACUCCCCCCAGUCCGUGUACCGGGAGGCCCCCACGGUGGACUGCAGCGACCUCCUGCUCUCCCAGCUCCCUUCCCAGCUGCCCCGGGAGACGCACACCCUGCGGCUGCAGAGCAACCUGCUGAGCGGCCUGGAGCCCGGCGAGCUGCAGGGCCUGGGCAACCUGACGGAGCUGGACCUGUCCCAGAACAGCAUCGGCGCCGCCCGCCGCCUGCGGGCCGGCCCCCUGCCGUCGCUCCUCAGCCUGCACCUGGAGGAGAACCAGCUCCGGCAGCUGCCCGACGCCGCCUUCCCCGGCCUGCCGGGCCUCCAGGAGCUCUACCUCAACCACAACCGUCUGCGCGAGAUCGCGCCCGCCGCCUUCCGCGGCCUGGGCGGCCUGCUGCGGCUGCACCUCAACUCCAACCGCCUGGCCGCCGUCGACCGCCGCUGGUUCCGCCACGUGCCGCGGCUGGAGGUGCUGGUGAUCGGCGGCAACCCCGUGGACGCCAUCCGGGACCUGAACUUCGAGCCGCUGGGCGCCCUGCGCAGCCUGGUGCUGGCUGGCAUGGGCCUGCGGCGGCUGUCCGAGCGGGCGCUGGAGGGCCUGGCCAGCCUGGAGAGCGUGUCCUUCUACGGCAACCGGCUGAGCGCCGUGCCCAAGGAGGCCCUGCGGAAGGUUCCCGGCCUCAAGUUCCUGGACCUGAACAAGAACCCCAUCCAGCUGGUGCAGCGCGGGGACUUCCGGGACAUGCUGCACCUGAAGGAGCUGGGCCUGAACAACAUGGAGGAGCUGGUGUCCAUCGAGCGCUCCGCCGUGGAGAACCUGCCCGAGCUGACCAAGCUGGAGAUCACCAACAACCCGCGGCUGUCCUACAUCCACCCGCGCGCCUUCCUGCGCCUGCCCAGCGUGGAGAGCCUGAUGCUGAACACCAACGCGCUCAGCGCCCUCCACCGCGACACCGUCAGCGGCCUGCCCAGCCUGCAGGAGGUCAGCCUGCACGGCAACCCCAUCCGCUGCGACUGCCUGGCGCGCUGGGCGGGGGCCGGGGCCGGGGCCGGGGCGGGGGCCGAGGGGGGGCCCGGGGCCGGACGUCCCGUCCGCUUCAUCCAGCCGCAGUCCACGGUCUGCUCGGACCCCCCCGAGCUGCGGGCCCGGCGGGUGGGGGACGUGUCGUUUCGGGAGAUGUCGGAGAGCUGCCUGCCGCUGAUCGCCCCCGGGACGCUGCCCCCCCGCGUGCGGGUGCGGCGGGGGGGCUCCGUGGCGCUGCACUGCCGGGCGCUGGCCGAACCCGAGCCCGCGGUGUUCUGGGUGACGCCCGGCGGGCAGCGCCUCUCGCCCGACGCCGCGUACGAGCGCUACCGCGUCCUGCCCGAGGGCACGCUGGAGAUCGCCGGCGCGGGCACCGAGGAGGCGGGGCUCUACACCUGCGUGGCGCAGAACCUGGUGGGCGCCGACACCCGCAGCGUGAUGGUGAGGGUGGAGGGGCGGCGGGCGCCCCCCGGCAGGGCGGCCCGGCGGGGCGGGGGCGACCUGGAGGUGAAGGAGGUGACGGAGCGCCACGCCCUGCUGGUCUGGCCCACCGGACGCAGCGCCCCCUCGGCCCGGCUCUCCUGGUUGGUCAACGGUAGCCGCGGCGACGACGGCGACGGCCGCCGCCACAGCGUGCGCAUCCUGGCCGGCACGCGCGCCUUCAACCUGACCCGGCUCCGCCCCGCCACGCUGUACCGCGUCUGCCUGCACCUGGGGCCCAACGACACCUCCUGCGUCCGCCUCAGGACUACAGACGCCCGGGCCCCUGGGGGCCCCCCCCCGGGCGUGGCCCCCGCCGUGCUCCUGGCCGCCUCCGCCCUGCUGCUCCUCCUGGCCGCCAAGGCCUUCCAGGGCGUGGGCCUGGUCGUCUGGCGGGAGGGGGGCCAGGGGGAUGAUGGGAAACGCCCGCCCCCCCCCUUCGCCGCGCCCCCAGCUGCGAAGGCCCAUGUGUGUGAUCCAGCCCUUCAGCAGCAGCAGCAGCAGCGAGGUCUGGAGUCUCCAGAGGCCUCUGCAGACAGCUGCAGCGUGGAGAAGAGCAGCUCUCUCCAUCUGCAGAAUGUUUAAGAGCGCUUAGGCGGAGUGUGUGUGUGUGUGUGUGUGCGUGUGUGUGUGUGUGUGUGCAUGUGUGUGUGAGUUUGUGUGUGUGUGUGUGAGUGUGAGUGUGUGUGCAUGUGAGUUUGUGUGUGUGUGUGUGUGUGUGUGUGUGUGUGUGUGCAUGUGUGUGUGUGUGUGUGUGAGUGAGAGUGUGCGUGUGUGCAUGUGAGUUUGUGUGUGUGUGUGUGUGUGUGUGUGCCCUUGUGAGUUUGUGUGUGUGUGCAUGUGUGUGCGUUUGUGUGUGUGCAUGCGUGCGUGUGUGUGUGCGUGCGUGCAUGUGUGUUUGUGUGUGUGUCCAUCCACAUAUGCUUCUGUACAAGUGAGCUUCUGGUUGCUACAAGUGGAAAAAUUCAGUACAUACACAUUUACCUGCAUACACACUUGCACACACUCACACACAGGAGCGUAUGAUCAUCAGCUGCAGAACUGGACCUCCCAGGCUUUUUCUCUAAGGCCUGGUGACCAGCAGCACAAAAAGGAGAACUUUACGGGGGCUGGCGAAGGAGGAAGCCAUGUUUUACCUGGCUGACGCUCUUCUCGUGAAGCUGUGAGAGCUUGUUUCCCUCUCACAAACCGUACUGACAAACCCAGUCUGUAUUUAUUUAACGCGUGACACGCGUGGUGGUUGCACAUUGAAAUUAAAAGACGUAGUUACCUGAGCGUUCACUUCGGUCACGUAACGAUGUUUAACUCACUUCCGGUCGAGUGCAGUAACGAUAGCCGCAUGCUGUUACUGUGCACAUGCAGCUCGUGUCAGAAAGCCAUGUUUCAUCACACGUCAACGUCUUUGACUUAACAGAGGAGCCUUAUGUCAAGACAUUGAA